AUGUGGAGUGACUUUUGGAGUCGGGGCUUUUGUCGAAAUGGCGGGUUUCCAAUGGAUGGCGCUUCUUUUCUCGCAGUUUCAGCCGAUGUUUCUCGCGGGUCUUGUUGGCUUUGCUUUCGGGCUUGCCUUUCUCUGGUUUCCUUGGCUUUUUCUGGCUGUUAUCGACCGCGAAUUUGUCCGAAUGCGGGCCACGCCAUAAAUAGCCCUCGACAUUCGCGAAAUGUCGCACUUGCCCAUUCUUUCUUUUUCUUUCGACAUGGGACAUGGGCCAAAGCCACUGCUAAGCCUUGGGCUUUCGGUUUUUCGGCUCCGGACAAAUUCCCUGUGCUUGUGCUACGGCAGGCGAUUACUCUGUGGUUCUACUCGAAGUGCCACUUGAAACGGACUGCAGGUAGGCGCGACGCGUUUUUUUUUUUUCUUGCGGGUCUGAAAAAUUAUCAGUCAAUGGCCUUUUGCGCAGCCCCUCUAAUCGGGAUUGACACAUUGCGACUUAGCUUCUCUUGCACCAAUCUAUUUCCUCUCUACCCUUAUCAUAUCAAAAGCUUUUUUUUUUUUGAAAAAUUUUUUUUUCUUGCUCUUGACACGGCUUUUUUUCGUUCCUCUGCGCUUGAUCUCUGUUGCUUCAAUAGAUCAAAAUAA